GUUUUACUUCUUUUAGGCUUUGUUUGGCCUAAAUUCUGAAUCUUUUUUUGCGGGGUUGUGUUGAAAUUGAAGUUUGGAAGUUGUUUUUUUUUGAGGGUGUGUUUGGGUUGUUCGGUUUUAGUCUAGUUAUUUAGGUUUUAACUUUGCUGAGUGUUUCUUGCAUGUUUUUUUUUUCUGUGUAAGCUUUUUUUUUUUUGUUUGAUGAUGUUUAUUUGUUGUGUGCUGGUAUUGGGGUUUGAGAAAGUUGGGAACUUUAAUUUCAGUUAAGUGGUUUUGUAAAUGGAGUAAAGAAAGAAUCUUUAACUGAUGUCUCUAGAAUUGGAAUUUGUUGUUUUAGGUGCCUGUUGAGUAAUGAGGUUUUUUUUCUUUCUUAGGGAACACUUUUUUGUUUGUUUGUUGAUGUUUAGUUCUCGUGUGCUGGUAUUGGAUUUUGAGGAAGUUGGAAACUUUAACUUCAUUUAGGUGGUUUGUAAUGGAGUGAAGAAACGAUCUUUAAUCUUGUACCUCUAGAAAUGGAAUUUGUUGUUUUAUGUGCCUGUUGAGUAAUGAUUUCUUCCGUCAGUCUUGGUAUUGGUAGGGUUAAGGUCCGGCUCAGACCCCAUUUGUGGUUGUUGUUGUACUUUUAAUGUCUAGAAUUAGAGCUUUGGCGAGUGGUUGUGCUUUUUUUUUGUUAUGAGAUGAAUGAAUUUGUCCAAUAACUGAUGUUGGUCUAAGUUCUUCUGUCUCAUUGUUUAUUCCUCAACUUUUAUGUUCAGUUAUCUGGGAAGUUGUUUACUGCAGAUUGGGAAGAAUAGAUGUUUGCCGAGUAGGCUGAUCGGUAUCUUGGCCUCAUUUAGUUAUUACCAAGAUAUUCUGAAGAUGCCAAUGAUAAAUGUAUCUAAAGAAAAGGGAAGAACACCAUGGGAGAUUCGUCCAGGAUCUAAUUCCGUCCUUAUCACUAAUGAUGCCUCUCUUUUCACAAGCUCAGUGCCUGUUCUUCAACAUGAGAAGCUGAAAGUAAGUGACGGCGACCAUGGUCAUCAAUCCGUUGAUGAUGCAUCACCAAGCUUGACAAUUCACCCGGAUGUAGAGGUUGAUGUGCUGUUGGAUGAUGGUGAAAAUCGUGCAAUUGGAAGCUUGCUUCCAGAUGAUGAGGAUGAACUUUUAGCUGGGAUAAUGGAUGGGUUUGACCCUAGUCAGCUUCCCAAUCACACAAAUGACUUGGAAGAGUAUGAUUUUUUUGAAAGUAUAGGAGGCUUAGAGUUGGAGUUUGAUGGUCAGGAACACUUAAACCUGGGUAUAUCGAGAGUAAGUCUGGCUGAUCCAGAUAGCAAUGGAGCUGCUAUUUAUGGACUUUCAAAUGGUGGGGGUGCGGUUACUGGAGAACAUCCACUUGGAGAGCACCCUUCAAGAACAUUAUUUGUUCGCAACAUAAAUAGCAAUGUUGAGGAUGCUGAGCUAAGAACUCUCUUUGAGCAAUAUGGUGAUAUCCGAACUCUCUAUACUGCCUGUAAGCAUAGGGGCUUUGUCAUGAUAUCAUACUUCGAUAUUCGUGCUGCUCGAACUGCAAUGCGAGCAUUGCAAAAUAAGCCUCUGCGAAGGAGAAAACUAGACAUACAUUUCUCAAUCCCUAAGGAUAACCCCUCUGACAAAGAUGUAAAUCAAGGAACUCUUGUGGUUUUUAAUUUAGAUCCAUCUAUAUCAAAUGAUGACCUCCGCAGAGUAUUUGGGCCUUAUGGUGAGAUCAAAGAGAUAAGGGAAACACCAUACAAGAAGCACCAUAAGUUUAUCGAAUAUUACGAUGUCAGAGCUGCAGAAGCUGCCCUUAGGUCCUUACAUAAGAGAGACAUAGCUGGCAAGCGCAUAAAGCUUGAACCAAGCCGCCCUGGAGGAGCUCGACGAAAUCUUGUAUUGCAAUCAUCUCAAGACUCUGAACAAGAUGAUUCUUGGACUUUUCGGCAUCCAUUGGUUUCCUCAAUUGGUACUUCCUCCCCAGGUAAUUGGCCACAAUUUGGCAGCCCUAUAGAGCACGGCUCCAUGCAAAGUCCUGGCACUUCACCAGGCUUUAGAUCCCUGAGUCCCACCAUUGCCAAUAAUUUACAUGGGUUAGCUUCAAUUUUGCAUCCUCGUGCAUCAAAUACCUUGAGGGUAGCACCUAUUGGUAAUGCUCGCACAAUGAGUGGCCGUGCAGAUUUCCCUAUUGGUUCAAACCAUGGUGUUCCCUUCCCUCAGUCUAAUUCUUUCGCCGAGCCUAAAAUAAGCCACUUUGGUGGAACAAUGUCCUCUUUUGGUGCUUCAAGUACAAAUGGUUCUGCUGUUGAAACACUAUCAGGACCACAGUUUCUCUGGGGCAGUCCAAAGUUGCAGUCUCAACAGAGUAAUUCUUCAGCCUGGAAAACUGAGUCUUUGGGAAAUGCUUUUUCAUUUGGUGGUCAGGGCGACAGGUUUUCCUUGUCAAAUCAUCAAAAAUCUUUCCUCAAUUCAUCUCAGCACCACCUUCAUCAUAUUGGAUCUGCUCCAUCUGGUCUUCCCCUUGAUAGGCACUUUGGUUUUUACCCAGACUCGUCAAUCUUGAGCCCAGGUUUUAGGGGCAUGGGUAUAGGUACUCGUGAUGAAAGUUUGAUGGUUAACUAUGGUUCUCGUACUACUUUGAAUGCUGGUGUUGCUGUUCCAAGGAAUAUGUCAGACAAUGCUUCUCCUAGGUUUGGCAUGAUCUCUUCCCAAAAACUUAGUCCAUUGUUCCUAGGUAAUGGUCAUUUCCCAGGACAUGCAGCUACUAGCUUUGAGGGGCUGACUGAACGCAGUCGCACUCGACGUGUUGAAAAUAAUAAUGGGAACCAGAUGGAUAACAAGAAGCUCUUUCUACUUGAUUUGGAUAAGAUUAGAUGUGGUGAAGAUACUCGGACAACUUUGAUGAUUAAAAAUAUUCCUAACAAGUACACCUCCAAGAUGCUUUUAGCUGCUAUUGACGAACAACAUAAAGGCACUUUUGAUUUUCUGUAUCUGCCCAUCGAUUUCAAGAACAAAUGCAAUGUGGGAUAUGCCUUUAUCAACAUGUUGUCUCCAUCACUCAUUAUCCCAUUUUACGAGGCAUUUAAUGGAAAGAAGUGGGAGAAAUUUAAUAGUGAAAAAGUUGCUGCUUUGGCUUAUGCUCGUAUUCAGGGAAAGACAGCCCUUGUAGCUCACUUCCAGAAUUCAAGUUUGAUGAAUGAAGAUAAGCGAUGUAGGCCAAUCCUUUUCCACUCAGAAAGUUCAGAAUUGGGGGAUCAGAUUGUUCAGGAACAUCUUUCAUCAGGCUGCAGCCAACCUGAGGAUCCAGUUGGCAAAUUGGAGAAUCGCUAGCAGUAGCAUUGAAAUGUUUUUUUUUUGCUCGCGGCUUUAAGAGUGCAGCUGGCUAGUACAAGUGUGAGAUACAUGUGCAGAGUAGCAUGAUUUGAGGCACAGAAUAGAAGUAUGAAGAUCUUUUGUAUUAUAAUGAGUAGGUGUUUUUGGUUCAAAAUCUAAGAGGGGGAGGGUUCUGUUAGACUAAGUACAUCAAGCAUCUGUGUAGUUCAUGUUGUAAUCCUAUGGCAAGUUGAAAUGGCAAAGGCUAUCUCAACAUGGCAUGCAAGGUCGUAGUUUUGUAACAUUGUUUUGGUGGUUAGAGUGAAGAGGGGAUGCUUGAAAUUUGUAAAGUGGGAAGGCAAGCUGGGCUGUUGUUUUGUAUCAAACAAGCAUUUUGGUAUUUAUGUGAAACUUGCUAGAAAAUUGCAUAAAAUUGUUUGUUUCAUUUUUA